AUGGCGAUGCAGUUCAAGUUUUCUAUUCAACCGAUCAUUAAUAUUCUCUAUAUCUUCCAUGGAAUUAUUCUCCCACCAUGUUUCUGUUGCACCGGUGAGUAUAAAUCCCUUUUUAAAUUUCUUGUAUUUAAUCUUUUUGGUGUCGUUUCCUCAAAACCAUUACACAAACUAUAUAUGCUACCUGCUUAUCAGAGCAAAUAAUCUUUAAGCAGACAAUCUUUAUCUAACGAUUAUGUCUACUGUUAUAGAAUAGGCGAUACAAAAAAAGCCAAAUUUCAAAAAGACCCCAUCACAUGCGCAUCAAUGGUUCAAAAUGAUGAAUUUAAACAAACGAUUCACAGAUAUCGUGGUGUGGUAAUGAACGCUGUGAAAAUACUCUUGAUAUUUUCCUUAAUAUUUUCUUUCCGCGCGUUAAUUCACGAUCAAAGAUUGAUUUUUGUUAAGUUUAAUUUUCAAGAGAUGACAGUCACCUUUAGGGAAAAUUCGUCAGGAUUCUCGUGCAGUAAAGUUUUGAAAGAAAGUGGUCUAAUGUGCCUUUUUCAUGAGUGAAAAUAAAAGAGUACCUCGAGUGAGUGGAAACUAAACGAUAUAUUUGUUUUGCCUACCACAGACGACGACUAUCGAAACAUCAUAUUCAAGGACCCAAUACCAAACAUGAUCAUGAAAAAUCACGCCAUCAUAAGUGUAGAGGUGCCCAACGAAGGAAGUUGCAGAGUAAUGUGUUAUUUGGAGCCUAAUUGUGUGUCCAUCAAUAUUGGACCUGUUGCAGGAGGAAACCAAAAAUGCGAGUUGAAUAACGCCACAGAGGAAAACCAUGCUCCAUUUCUUCUCGUGAAAAAUCCGGGUUACACAUAUCUUGCAAUCGAGGUGCCAGAAGAGAUUGUUUCGUUUUCGUAGGCUAAAGACAUAACAUAAGGAAGAUCUGCACUAUAGCUUACUUUCUUUUGUCAACAGAAUUUAUGCAGCAGCAGCCCAUGCUUAAACAAUGGCACCUGUCAAGCUGGAUUCACCAAUAAAGGAUUUCGUUGUGUCUGUCAGGAAAAAUUCACUGGAGAAACCUGCCAAGUUGAAGGUAAAAUGGCUGGAUUCUGUAGACCAGUCUCUCGUGUAGUACGCGAGGAGUUACUCACUAAAGUUUCAAAAUUGACUUCAAGAAAAAAAUAUUAACCACUGAAUGAAAGCUAAAAAGGAAAAGCCACCUACGGUCACUUUAAAUGAAUAUAGCUGGUAGAUAUUAAGGAAGAAUAAAUGGUAUUUGUUAAUGUUCAGAAUCAAGUUUUAUCAGCCAGAUCAAUAGUCAGGAAAGCAAACAAAAAGCACUCAAUAUCCAAACAAUUUAAAGUAGGAGUGUUGUUUUGUUUUUUGUUUUUUGUUUUAACUGAUUUUCAGUCAAAAGAAACUGCGCAGAAAUCUAAAAAUCCGCGGGUAAACCAGCUGACGGUGUCUACCCUAUUGAACCUGAUAAUUUGCCUGCCUUUGAUGUAUUCUGUGACCAAACAACGGAGGGUGGAGGAUGGACUGUGUUCCAGAAGAGACUGGACGGCUCGGUUGAUUUCUACCGCUACUGGAACGACUACAAACGUGGCUUUGGUGACCUGUGUGGUGAGUUUUGGCUCGGACUGGACAAAAUUCACCGCUUGACCUCAGAUGAUAAUAACACGCUGCGUGUGGAUUUGGAAGACUUUGAAGGAAACACAGCUUAUGCUGAGUAUAACUUGUUUGGUGUUAUGAGUGAGAAAGACAAGUACAAGCUGAUCCUUGGUUCUUAUUCAGGUAGAACUGUCAUUUUGUCUGCUCUAUUCUAGUCAUUCUAAGAAGUUAGGGGUCAGGGGAGGAGGAGGAGAGAGCUAAGUAAUGUAAGUAUGCUUAAACUCUUUUACAUCAAUAGCUUUGGAAGACAAAGAAGUAACCUCAGCUCAUCGCCAUGCAAUCCUGGACAGUGCAUACCGGACAUUGAUUAGUCCAAAUCUAUUCGUCGGUGGAUCUUUCGAAGUUAACCUGACCAACUAAUCCAAAUCUGCGGAGUUCUCGGCGAACAUAUUAAUUGUAAUUAUUAUAUUGAGUAUUUUAAUCCUUACAAUCAUCGACAAGAAUCAUAGAUAUUACUAAGAAUGCUUUUAAUCCAUAUUAUCAUUGUUAAAUUAUACUUAUCUUAUAUUUUAAGAUUUCUUUUGAAUUACGAACGGCUCAUUGUUGGUCAAACGUAAUACUCAUAGUGCGGCUCAUUUUGUCAGGAAAUUCUGGUGACUCUCUUACCAAGCAUCGCGAUAUGCCAUUCACCACUAGAGAUCAAGAUAAUGACAUUCGGAAGGAUCACAACUGCGCCGUUAAGUUCAAAGGAGCCUGGUGGUACCGUUCGUGUCACCGCUCAAAUCUCAAUGGCUUGUAUCUUCGUGGCAGUCACUCCUCUUCUGCUGAUGGAGUGAGCUGGAAAGACUGGAAGGGUUAUCAUUACUCUCUCAAGAGAACCGAGAUGAAAAUAAGACCAGAGGAUUUCUGA